UUUCGAUUAGUGAGAAAGCACGUUUUCUUACGCGGAACCGCAUAAAUUUAGUUAAAUAUCUAAAUUUUUGCUAUAAUUUCUUCUUAGAAGUGAAUUUUCUCGUAAUACUAACUGUUUGAACCGAUUGCUAAACCAUGGGUAAAAAAGGAAAGGUUGGAAAAGAUCGGCGAGAUAAGUUCUACAAACUCGCCAAAGAAACAGGUUACCGCUCCCGUGCGGCAUUUAAGUUAAUCCAGCUAAAUCGUCGGUUCGGUUUCCUUCAGCAGUCGCAGGUAUGUAUCGAUCUGUGCGCAGCCCCGGGUGGUUGGAUGCAGGUGGCUAAACAGAACAUGCCCGUAUCGAGUAUUGUCAUCGGAGUGGAUUUGUACCCGAUCAAAAAUGUUCCCGGUUGUAUCAGCCUCGUAGGAGACAUCACCAGCGAUAAAACCAAAUCGGAUUUGGCUAAAGAGCUAAAAACCUGGAAGGUUGACGUGGUACUAAACGACGGCGCACCGAAUGUCGGAAGAAAUUGGUUGUUUGAUGCGUACCAACAAGUUUGCCUAACGUUGAGUGCCGUGAAGCUGGCGACUCAAUUUUUGCGCCCUGGCGGAUGGUUUAUUACCAAAGUUUUUCGUUCGAAGGAUUACAACGCAUUGAUUUGGGUGCUAAAACAGUUGUUUAAGAAGGUCCAUGCAACGAAGCCUUCGGCUUCGAGAAAUGAAUCGGCGGAAAUUUUUGUUGUGUGUCAGCACUACCGUGCACCAGAUAAGAUAGAUCCUAGGUUCCUAGACGCGAAGUUUGUUUUCGAAGAACUGGAUAUCGAGCCGCAGGUUAAAGUCAAUUCGCUGAAGCAGGUUGAUAAAACUAAGAAACCAAAAGUGGAAGGUUAUGAUGGAGUCGAUGUUCGAAAGAUAAUGCCUGCGACGGAGUUUCUUAAGGCGGAAAAACCAAUUCCUUUACUUGGUCAGAUUACGGAGAUUACGUUCAAUGACGAAACUAUACGAAACCAUCCGCGUACUACCGCAGAAAUUCGCGAAUGUUGUAAAGAUAUUAAAGUACUGGGAAGAAAGGAAUUGACCGAUUUACUUAAAUGGCACAAACAGUUGAAUAAGGAAUUGUUUCCACAGAAGGAUGAGGAUGUUGAAAAAGAUGUAAAAGGAAAGGAGAAAAAAUCAUUGAAACUAACGGAUAAGAUCACUCAAAGUGAGUCCGAUGAUGAAGAACCGGACGAAGAGACUGUGGAACUCAAGAAUAUUGAAAACGAAAUUGCCGCACUUCGGAAGGAGGAACAGCAAGAUUCAAAACGAAAGCGUAAGAAGGCGAACAAGGAGCGAGCUAAACUGAACGAAAAACUUAGUUUGAAAAUGGUUAUUAAAGGUGAUGAAGGUCCAACGGAACAAGGAGAUGCCAUGGUGUUUACGCUGGAUUCGGUAAAAAGUAAUAAGCAAAUUGAUUUGUUACUGGAUGCACCACCGGAUGUUCUCACCGAGUCUAACUUUCACGACGACGACGAUGAUGGUAUUCCGAAAAAGAAGCAAAAAUAUGUAAAGUAUGAUAAGGAAACAAAAGGUGAUUUGUUUGAGGAUGAAAAAAUCCUGGCGCAAAAGUUGGAAGAUGAAGAUAGCGAUGCUGAUCUGGAUCGUCCUGGACUGGGAUUUACCGAAGAGGAUGAUGAGCUACAGAUGGAAUCUGACGCCGACGCCGAUAAUGACAAUCCUGAAGAAGAGAAUCCUUUGCUCACCGAUUUAGACUACCGCGAUAAGGACGAGAAACGCCGAGCGAAAGCUCAACUGUGGUUUGAAAAAGAAUCGUUUAAAAAUGUGCUUGAUGGCGAAGAUAAAGCGCUCGAUUAUGAUUUGGAUCGACUUACCGAAAUGUACAAGCAAUCGGGUGUCCAAAUCAUCGGCGCAGACAAACCAAAACCGAACGAUCCAGAUCGACCGCUUGGAAAGAAAGCCCGCCGAAGAGCGAGGCAUGAGACUGCCAACGAGAGCUCAUCAUCCGAGGAUUCCGAUUCGGAAGCGGAAGCGGAAGCCGAGGUUGGUGACGAAAGUUUCCAACAUAAAACUGUGGAAAAAGUCGGAGGUAAGGAUGGUUUCGAAGUUGUCUCUUCCGAGAAGCGACCUAAAAAGGUAAAACUGAACGAACAGGAACUGGCGCUUGGCCAGUUGCUUGUAUCGGGUAAAAAGACACGACGGGAUUUGAUUGAUGCUGCCUGGAAUCGGUACAUGUUCAACGAUGCCAAUCUGCCCGAUUGGUUCAUCAAAGACGAAGAACGCACGAUGAAGAAGGAAGCUCCGGUUCCGCACGAGGUUGCCAGCGUGUACAAAAAGAAUUUGGAGGAAAUGAAUGUACGUUCGAUCAAGAAAGUAAUGGAGGCCAAGGCCCGCAAGAAGAAACACGCCACCAAACGGUUGGAGAAAAUCAAAAAGAAGGCAGAAACCAUUAUGGAAAAUGUGGACAACACCAAUCAGGAGAAGAUUCGAAUGCUGAAGAAAUUAUACAAAAAAUCGGAUGCCAAGAAACGAGAAGUUACAUAUGUGGUAGCUAAGAAGGCGGGUGCCGGUGGUAAAAAGGUUCGCCGGCCGGCGGGCGUAGAAGGUCGCUUCAAGGUUGUUGAUCCGCGUAUGAAGAAGGAUCUGCGCGGUGAGCAGGCUAAAUCACGUCGCACUACGAAGAAGGGUGGCGGUAAAGCAAAGGGUGGUAAAGGUGCAAGAAAAGGAGCCAAACCGACGACAAAGAAACCGAAAGGAAAGCGGGCCAAGUAAACCUAUUAAAUAUUUCAGGUAAGAUUAUACUUCCCGCGUAGAAGUUUAAAACAUCGAGUUAACGAGUAGUCUCGUUAAGAAGGGAUGUUGUUAAAAUUUUAGAAAUACAUAUUAUGAAAUCUAUAUAAUCU